UCGCCUGGCAUUGAGAUGCAGCCACUUCUGGGGCAGGGCACCGCACCCGUGCCUCUACGGCUGAUCCGUGGCGUGCUCUCCUCCUCCCCAGCACUGGAGCUGCUGAAGUCAGCCAUCGAGAAGGCCGGGUACCCCGACAAGGUGGUGAUCGGGAUGGAUGUCGCCGCCUCCGAAUUCUUCCGCAGCGGGAAAUACGACCUGGACUUCAAAUCCCCCGACGACCCUGCGCGUCACAUCAGCGGGGAGAAGCUCGGCGAGCUCUACCAGAGCUUCAUCAAGAAUUACCCCGUGGUGUCCAUCGAGGACCCCUUUGACCAGGACGACUGGGAGACGUGGCAGAAGUUCCUGACCCAGGUGCCCAUCCAGAUCGUGGGGGACGACCUGACGGUGACAAACCCCAAGCGCAUCCAGAAGGCCGUGGAGCUGAAAGCCUGCAACUGCCUCCUGCUCAAAGUCAACCAGAUCGGCUCCGUCACUGAGUCCAUCCAGGCGUGAGCAACCGCCAUCCAACUCAAACCGGGGCUGGGA